UGAAGAGAAGAUUUCCUCGAAUCAUGGUCUUCGUGGAAGCAAGUGCAACAAGAGAGUGACAUUCACGAUCUUCCCACCUCUCUCACUCUCUCUCAUACCAUAUUUUCUCGUUGAAAGUUCCUCUCUUUCGGAUCACCACAUGACCGUUUCCUUCUCUGUUAUUUUCCCGAAUAAAAAAUAAAGAAAAAAAACACCCUUUCUCUCUCUCUCUCUCCUUUGCGUUCUUGGCGUCUUUUCUUGAUGCGAGAGUUAUCUCUCAUUUUUCUAUUCCAUGUAGUUUUUACCUUUGUGGGAUUCUUUGACCCACUUCUUUCUUUCUUUCCUCCAAGUCUCUUUUUCUCUUUUGUUUUCUGAGCCCAAGGUAGUCUUUUUAUUUUGCCAUUCUCGUUGCGUGGAAGAUUCUACCAAGUGGGUGUGUGUGUGUGGGUGUUUGUCUUUUUCUCUGCGUUGAUGGGUUGUUGAUGUCUCUGGGCAUUGCGAAAGACAUGGGUUUUGAUGACAAAUUGAAAGACAAUGAGGGUGCAGGGGAUGAUGAUGCCUCUCGGGUGCACGCGGGAAAAGCUGGUACUGAUCAUGAAGAAAGUGAAGAUGAAGGAGGAGGAGGAGGAGGAGGAGGAGGGACCCUCAGCAGAUACAGGAGUGAGAGUUCCAUUGCUGCUACCGAGGAUGAAGAUGAUGAUGAUGAGGAGAGGAAGAUUGAAUUAGGCCCUCAGUACACUUUAAAGGAACAACUCGAGAAGGAUAAGGAUGAUGAGAGCUUGAGGAGGUGGAAGGAGCAGCUUCUUGGAAGUGUUGACAUAAAUUCUGUUGGAGAAACUCUGGAGCCAAAUGUGAAGAUCCUUAGCCUUGCAAUUAAGUCUGCUGAUAGACCUGACAUUGUUCUUGCAAUACCAGAGGGAGGAAAUCCCAAGGGUUUAUGGUUUACUUUGAAAGAGGGUAGUCGUUAUAGGCUAAUGUUCACUUUCCAGGUUGAGAAUAACAUAGUUUCAGGUCUCAAAUACACCAACACUGUGUGGAAAACUGGUAUCAAAGUUGACAGCAGUAAAGAAAUGAUUGGAACCUUCAGCCCUCAAGCAGAACCUUACACACAUGAGAUGCCUGAAGAGACAACACCAUCUGGGAUGUUUGCUAGAGGACAAUAUUCAGCAAGAAGUAAGUUUGUUGAUGAUGACAACAAGUGCUACUUAGAGAUUAACUACACUUUUGAUAUUCGAAAGGAAUGGCAGUAGGAGUCAACGGACUUGUCCUUAAGUGACAUGUUCAAUCCUAAAUCAUUGUUAUUUUGUGCUGAAAUCUCCUUCAGUGUUUAGCUGCUUCCUUUUCAUUGUUUAAUUAUUUCUAAUCCUGUCUGAGGCCGGUAAUUUGAACAAUGAUGAGAGGAUUUGAAGAUGAAAUUGUGGUAUUCAUUUGAUAGAUAGAUAGUUUUGUCAAUAAAAUUGAGUUUUGCCUUUUGGUGCACAACUAUGCUCCUUGUUUCUUCUCAGGGUAGCAAUGUAAGUAAUAAAUAUGGUUUUGAAUUCU